CGACAUAGUGUCUCGGAGGCUAGUGUCAUGUCGCGCUUAUGAGCCUCCGCGUGAACAGGAAGGAACCAGCCCCCCAGCGCGCGCUGUUGCAGAACCUCCGCCCCGGCCCUGCCCCGCUGCUGCUGCUGCUCCUGCUGCUGCUCCUGCUGCUGCUGCUGCCUGAGGAGGCGAACGGCGUCAUCGGCGGUCUCCUCUCCACACACGCGGCGUAACGUCCGCUGCACGGGACCCGCGCCUGUCGGAGAGCCACCCGGUUCAAACAACAGUUGGGUUCCUCUUCAGUCAUGCAGAAGGUUGCACAGGUGGAGGGAGGACUGGCUCAGGUUAACCUGCACUCCUCCCGUGGUCCUAGUGCCCCUGGCUCACCUGCCACCAGCGUCACUGCACGCGUGAAUGACCAGGUGGUGGGCUACAGAGAUCUGGCUGCUCUGCCCAGAGAUAAAGCCAUCCUCCACGUGGAGAGACCUGAUCUAAUGACAUACUACCCCCACCAUGUCUUCUCAUCCUCCGACCAACCACGAAAGGAGAGAUCCCUUUCUCCUCCCUCCAUAUCUCCUCUUCAGUCUCCUGAGCUGAAGGCCCGCAGAGCCGAGAGUGAAAGUGGUUCUCCUGCAUGUUCCAUGCUGCAGCUCCAGGCUGGCCACAAGACCAGUGGCAGCCUCCAGCAUUUCCAUAGGCCAGAUAAAGGUACCAACAUAUACAGCAAACCUCCCAUCUACAAACAAGAUAUCAUUAGACACGUAGAAGGGGGCAUCAUUGAGUCGUCAAAGUUCCCAGCCGCUCAGCGACCAGACCCAAACCUGCCUUCCAAAAUAGAGACCGAAUACUGGCCCUGCCCUCCCUCACUGGCUGCUAUGGAGAUAGAGUGGAGGAAGAAGAAGGUCCAAGAGGAAGAUGAGUUUGAGGACCUGACUGAAGAUGCAAAGACCAUACAUGAGCAAGAGCUUGAGAAGAUUAAGUCUAACCUGGGCCGCCUCAUCCUCAAGGAAGAGAAGGAGAAGGCCAUUCAUUUCCGCAGGAAGACACAGUCCCUGCCGGACAGAACACACAUGCAUACUAGUAUGUCCACAAGUGCAUCCAAGUCCGCCUCCCGUCCAGGCUUGACUCGGAUGCAGUCUGCAGAGUUCACGACAGACGGCGACAAGGCCCGGCCAGCUGCUCAGAACGGCGAGGCAUUAAGGGAGCGGAUGGACCGAGGAAACUCGCUGCCGAGUAUCCUUGAGCAGAAGAUCUACUCCUACGAGGCGCUCGUUGUUUCCCACAGGGGGCGCUGCAGACUGCCACCAGGAGUCGACCGCACCCGUCUGGAGAGACACCUGGCUACCGAGGAGUUCGGGCGGCUGUUUGGAAUGACUAUCGCCGAGUUUGACCGCCUGUCGCUAUGGAAACGAAACGAGCUGAAGAAGAGGGUUUCGCUUUUCUAACGAGUGACGUCACUCCUCAAACAUUCCGUGGGUGACGCUGCUGCCAGAGCAGCGGUAGUGCAGGGUAACCCGUAUACAGUCACCGACAAGACACGUGACGAUGACCGACCAGAAGCUAACAGUGUCUGCCAUGUUAUUCUGUACUAGUCCAACACGACUCUCUUGUCUGUCCAUGUUGUCACUCCUCCUCCUUUCUGUUGGCGCGCACCUAGGCCAGCUCACACUAACACCUGACCCUCAUCACCCCGAUUAACCUUUACUGAUCCUUUAUUGAUGCACUGCAGAUUCACCGACCAUCACCCCACGUGGCGAUACCAACAAGUCCCCCAGGUCGUUCGCCCUCCGACAUACUCCUGCUGCACUUAUAACCACUGCUUGCAGAACACCCAGGACACCCGCGCUCAUCCUCCGUGUAUCUUAUGCAUAUAUCGACAUGUAGUCCAUCAUACUCAUCUUUUUGUUGUUGUUGUUGUUGUGUUUUAGCAGAUACUUCCGUCAUGUUGACCAUGUCGUUAAUAUUCUCUCACCUUGAAUGACAGCUGGUGAACCUCGGCCCCGUGGACCUGUGCUAACAUGUCAUGUGUUAAACUUGCAUAGCGGAGUAAUAUCUCCAUCAUAGCGUCGAGGAUGUCACGUGACCGGACGAGAUGUUUAUUUCUUAUUUUCUUCUGUGGAAAUGUGCUGCAGUACUUUUCUAUUUGCUUACCAUGGGAUUUGUUUACUGUACAGCAGGGGCGAUUCUAGGACCAGAGCUUUAGGGGUGCUGAGCACCCAGAGUGCUGGCCGGCCAGGCAAGAUAAAUUUGGGGGGGGGGUGGAUCAAACCAUUUUCGAAGCAUGGGGGGGCGCUGUAUUUUUGUUGUUAAAAUAUUACGUUUAAACCAUAUACCGGAUAUGGUUUUGACAUUUCUUCAGCUUAUUAAACACGGACAUACAGCAAAAAAAUCUCUUCAAUUUUAGGGGUGCUGGGGUUCAAUUUAGGGGUGCUGCAGCACCCCCAAAAAUGGGCUAGAAACGCCUAUGCUGUACAGAUUUGUUUUGGUAACUGUGGACCCCCCGGUGGCCCAGGGAUACGGAAGCAGUAACUGUGAGAAUUCCCAAACCAAUCACGUUGCAGACAGUCGGUCUUGAUGGAGGAGGCGCUGUCGAGGUCUGGUCUCGGGAUGAAGCGGCGUCCCCCUCGCCGCUGUGGACCACUCAGCACCAUCAGCUCUGCAGUUUGUUGU